AUGAGAGAAGUUGGUAUUCUUGAUGUUGCCCAUGGCAACGUUGUAACUAUAAUGAUGAAAGAUCCAGUAGUAUUUUUGGUGAUUUUAUUUGCAUCCCUUGGAGGUUUGCUUUUUGGUUAUGAUCAAGGGGUUAUUAGUGGCAUUGUCACAAUGGAAUCUUUUGGUGCAAAAUUCCCCAGAAUUUUUAUGGAUGCCGAUUACAAGGGUUGGUUUGUGUCUACUUUUUUGCUAUGCGCAUGGUUUGGCUCUAUUAUUAAUACUCCAAUUGUUGAUAGGUUUGGAAGACGUGAUUCUAUCACAAUCUCUUGUGUUAUUUUUGUCAUUGGUUCUGCGUUCCAAUGUGCUGGCAUUAAUACAAGUAUGUUAUUUGGUGGGCGUGCUGUUGCUGGUCUUGCAGUCGGUCAAUUAACCAUGGUAGUUCCAAUGUACAUGUCGGAAUUGGCUCCUCCAUCGGUGAGAGGUGGGUUGGUUGUAAUUCAGCAACUUUCGAUUACAAUUGGUAUCAUGAUUUCCUAUUGGUUGGAUUAUGGCACUCAUUUUAUUGGAGGUACUAGAUGUGCUCCUAGUCACCCAUACCAAGGUGAAACUUUUAACCCUAAUGUGGAUGUUCCUCCAGGUGGCUGCUAUGGUCAAAGUGAUGCCAGUUGGAGAAUUCCUUUUGGUGUUCAGAUUGCUCCAGCAGUGUUGUUGGGUAUUGGAAUGAUAUUUUUCCCAAGAUCUCCCAGAUGGUUACUCUCUAAAGGUCGCGACGAAGAAGCUUGGAGCUCUUUGAAAUAUCUCAGAAGAAAGAGUCAUGAGGAUCAAGUCGAAAGAGAGUUUGCUGAAAUUAAGGCAGAGGUCGUUUAUGAAGACAAGUACAAGGAAAAGAGAUUCCCUGGUAAGACUGGAGUUGCUUUAACACUUACUGGAUACUGGGAUAUUCUUACUACUAAAUCUCACUUCAAGAGAGUUUUUAUUGGAUCAGCUGUCAUGUUCUUCCAACAAUUCAUUGGCUGCAAUGCAAUAAUUUAUUACGCACCUACAAUUUUCACACAAUUGGGAAUGAACUCUACAACUACUUCCUUGCUUGGUACUGGUCUUUAUGGUAUUGUUAAUUGUCUUUCCACCCUUCCAGCAGUGUUCUUGAUCGAUAGAUGUGGAAGAAAGACUUUGUUAAUGGCAGGUGCUAUUGGAACUUUUAUUUCCUUGGUUAUUGUCGGCGCAAUCGUUGGCAAGUAUGGCGAUCGUUUAUCUGAAUUCAAGACAGCAGGGAGAACUGCAAUUGCUUUCAUUUUCAUUUAUGAUGUGAAUUUCUCGUACAGUUGGGCUCCAAUUGGAUGGGUUUUACCCUCAGAGAUUUUCCCAAUCGGCAUCAGAUCCAAUGCCAUCUCCAUAACUACCUCAUCUACUUGGAUGAAUAAUUUUAUUAUUGGCUUGGUCACUCCACAUAUGUUAGAAACAAUGAAGUGGGGCACUUACAUUUUUUUUGCAGCGUUUGCUAUUAUUGCGUUCUUUUUCACUUGGCUUAUCAUCCCGGAAACCAAGGGAGUUCCAUUGGAAGAAAUGGAUGCCGUGUUUGGCGAUACUGCAGCAUUGCAGGAAAAGAAUUUGGUUACCAUUACGUCAGUUUCUGAAUCUGACGCCAAGGAUCGCAACUCGAUUGAAAUGUCAGAAUAA